AUGGUCGUUCUUGCUGCAUCCAUUGUCGGCAUGUCUGGUAAAGUGCUAGUUUCUAGACAGUUUGUGGAUAUGUCUCGUAUAAGAAUUGAGGGACUUCUAGCAGCAUUUCCCAAGUUGAUAGGCACUGAAAAACAACACACAUAUAUUGAGACUGAGAACAUGCGCUAUGUUUACCAACCAUUAGAAGCUCUUUAUCUGCUACUCGUAACAAACAAACAGAGCAACAUACUGGAAGAUUUGGAUACUUUGAGACUUCUCUCAAACUUGUCCCUAAAUAGUCUUAUUCCCUUGGUGGAGAGGGUAUCUACAGACAUGCCUUUGAGCUGA